CACGAACCGAUGAACGACACGAACAGACUGGAAUGUCGAGGACUUGAAACACUUUUAUAGAAAAUAUGUUUUACAAAAGCGUUAAAUGAGUUGUUCACCUGUAAGGGAGGCUGGAUCUCUAUCCAGUCCGAGAAAGCUGGCGUUCUGGCUUAGUAAAAAGAAGAAAUAUAAGCUAAAUUUUGAGAGCUUUUUAACAUUAUGCAGGUCAGCGAUCAAACACUGUGAAUAUUGUUUAUAUAUUUAUUAUAAUUAUUCGGGCGUGUUGUCUGUUGAGUAACUUUUUCAUACUUUCUUCCAUACCCAAUUUAGUCAAGCUGGGUUCGAAAUCAUUGAGGUACGUAUCUAAUUUUGUGUGCUUCGAUCGAAUAUCUGAAUUUCGUUAUAUUUUGUAAUUGUACUUUCCAAUUAGGAUCAGGGCUGAAUCAUUGACAUUGGUAAUGAGUAUUUUGGAAUAGCAUUAUAGAUAAUGAGCAUCCAAACAACGGGUUGACUGUCGUUAGAUUUAAUCACUAUAUUAUUGCUGAGGUGGACUGGCCAUUUUUUCUGGCAGUAACAUGCAAUCUAAAAUUUUCAAGCCAGAUCUCCUAUAGUUCCUUGCUUCCUGUUUUUGUGGGUGCUCCUACAUGUGGGAAUAUGAUAUGUUGUAUAAUGAUAAACAGAUGCUACUGAAAUUUGCUUGAGUAUACCCAUGAAUGUACUCAUGUAAGUUCGGUAAUUGUUUUUCAAACAAUAUGGCGGCAGUAUUGUCUUUGAUUCAACUUGCCUAUUGAUCAUAGGAACUGCACAUCGGUACCACAUUAAUCCAUUGAGUGGCAGCACUCUCCAUCUGACAAGUAAAAUUGUCUGCCGUUAGACAGAGUAAAUUAUAAAGUAGGGCGCAUUGCCACUUAAAGGGUUGAUGGGCUAUUCCAAUUCAGGGUCUUAGCUAGCAUUUUAUAUCUUGGGUAUGUUUCUAAGUUUCCAGGGUGUGCCCAUGUCAAUCACCUUCAAUAGCUAAAAACAUGAUUCCAGUUAUGCUCGUGAACAAUGGACCAUACCUGUGGUUGUUCUAUGCUUUUCAACCAAAUACAAGAUGAGCGUACGCUCAUAUUUUGCACUGGCAUUAUAAUAAGUUAUUUUAGCAACUCUUGGGGCAUUUAAAGCCAUUUUAACAACCAUGUGGCGCCCACUAUGACUAUCCAUCAAAACAUUAAAACGUCACAGAUCACUUUUACAAAUUUCAACAACUACCAUAGGCAUACGAGACAGGGGGCAAUCCCCCAUUUUGGAAAACCGUGAAAAUUCGGGCAAAUUGUUCGAAAAAUCAAGAAAAUUUGGGCAGAUUUAUCAGAAAAUAGGUUAAAUUCAGGUAAUUUCAUUACAAUCCUCCAUAAAAAUUCGGGCAAACUUUCAUCUGCCCCCCUAGAAAGCUUGCAUCAGCCCAGUAUGCCUAAGACAGCUAUAGUAGAUUUACAAAUAAAUUCUGUAUUUGUAAGUAGCAAUGUUCAACUUAUUUUAUGAACCUACACGGCCAAAAAUAAAUAAUGAAGCCGUGUUUAUUUCAUCUAGCUGUGUUUUUCCAUUUUUGGCUGCUAUAACACGGCCUUCUAGCUAAGCCCCUGUUCCAAUUUAAAGUGGGAAGUGUAAAUGGAGCAUGUCUGCUAUCGUAAUAUUGCUAUAGUAUUAUUGAUGAAAAGUGAAAGAUACAUACUGUUAAUAUUUUUUUUUAAUGUAAACAAAGCUAUCUAAACAGUGCACAUUGUAGUAUAAAUUAGUUUUUUGAUGAAAAUAUCAUGUGAAAACUGUCAUAAUACAAUUUGCCCUAGUCUUUUUUUUGUACUUGCUAUCCCUGACUGGAAAGUUUGGAAAUUGUGUGGUAGAGAUUUCGAAAAUUUAAUAGUGAAUAUAUAGAAAGCAUCAAAAUUGCACGGGCAAUAUCUCCCCCGCACAAUACACUGGCUUGCUACUGGGCCACAUGUAAAUAUACAUUUACAUGUUCAAUAUGGCGUCUUAUAUUAAUUAAUUAUUGUAAUAUGAUAUUUUUGAUGGUCAACACUUAAGUGAGAAGUGGCUUGACAUAAUGUUAGUACUCAUGAAAAAAAUAUUUUCAGGCUUGAAGAGAGAUCGCUAGCACCCAAUGGGUUAAUGAAUCAUUUCUGGUCAUAAUGAAAUCAACUUCAACAGAUUUAGAGCUAGUUGCCAGUAACAUUGUUUAAUUAAGGGGAUAUAUAUUAUACUGUGGGGGGCACUCAGGCAUUGUCUGUUUCAGGAAAUAAUAUUGGCAACCACUGCACAAAAGGCACACAGACAAUAUACAGUGUGUAAUACUUAAUUCAAGAUUGCUUCUUUAGAUUGAUUUAUCAAAACCAUGGAUAGACCAAGGUCCUGUGGAUGUUCUGAUUCACAAAGUAACCGAUUUCAUUGCUGCUGCUGAGAAUGGUGACCUGCAAGCUUUCAAAGCUGUACAAAAGAUUGAGGUAGUGCAAAAAUCUAAUAUACAGUAUAUCUGUUCACAGCUAUUGCUGUGUGCUGAAGCCAGACUGCAGCUGAGUCAGUCAAUGUCACACUCGAUAUAUUUUUAGGCAGAAAUUUCAGCGCACCUGAUGAUGACUCAACAGUAGUCGAAACGUUGAAUUAAAAAUAUGAAUUUCUACUGGAGGGUACUUUAUAACAAUUUUUGCAAUUUAAUAUCUGCCCUCAAAUCUUUAUUGUUUUUAACACGUACCGUAUCUGGCUACUUUUGUGCCCUUGACUGUAUCUUGAUGCACACUUGGGAAUUGUUUUGCGCACAAUUUUCUAACAUUUGCGCACCCGAGAUCUCAUAAAAAAGUGCCCAACUCUGCAGUCUGGUGCUGAAGUUCAGGCAAAGCUACAAUCAUUAUGUUUUUUUGUCAGCCGGAAUAGCAACGCUUUCACCUACUGUUAAUUCAGUACUGUAGUUCCGACUGUAAAGUUGGAAUGACAAGAAAUGUGACAAUUUCGAAGAAUUAUCAUUGGUUACAAAUAAUGGUAACAUUGAAUUUGUUGAAAGUACAUAUAUUCUGAAAUCAUAUAUCUGUUGUGUCAACAUGUCUGUGUGCAAGCAUCACAAUUUGAUUCACUGCAUCAUGCCAGCUCACCUUGAGGACAUUUAUCACUUAUUUACUGAGACCGAGGGAAACAGUGCGUUUUGUGGACCCGAGACCGUUGAUGUUUCCCGAGGCGAAACCGAGGGAAACAUCGACGGUCGAGGGUCCACAAAACACACUGCUUUCCCGAGGUCUCAGUAAAUAAGUGUUUUAUUAUAUAUCAAUAGUCAAAGAAACAACAAAUUAAAGAACAAAUGAACGUAAAUACAUGAAAUAUUUAUUGUUAAAACGUUAUAUUAAACACUGGCUACACUGCAGUUACUUAUUAAAGCGAAAGUUUUAAUUACGUACUAGGCAUGUCCAAAGGUCGCAUCUUCACGUGAUGGCGCACGUGAUGUUUUUUGUUAUUUGCCGGUCGAUAACGUAUUAUCUCCCUCUCACGCUGUUGUGAGGGAGACAGCCUAAUUUCGUCACUCUCACGUGAUAUGCUCUCAACCAAUAAAACACUAGAAAAAUGAGACUUUGACUAUUGAUAUAUAAUAAUAUCCAUUAUUGCAUGGCCACCAUUUGCCAUUAUCCAGAUAGAGACACUGUCCCCUGAGUUGUGAACCAACAGAGCCAUAUAUUUGAGCUGUAAACUAUCUCUUCACAGUCGGGUAAUAAUUUUGUGACAGUACAGAAUUCCCACAGGGUUAUAUUAUUUUUUUUCAUUUCAGACAUUUAUUGGUGAUCACCCAGAAGUUGUGGUCAUUGACCCAAUAGAAUCCGUUCGUCUACUCAGUGAUAGGUCCGUCUAUUAUCCAAUCAUGAGAGAAUGUGAAUUCAAAGAUGAAGGUACUGUGUUGCCGGGCUGAAUAGUACAGUAAUACAUUUUUUAACCCAUUAAGUUGCAUUGUGCCCCACCUUAUUAUUUUACUUGGUCUCUCUUUAUUGGAUGUUGAGAUUUGUUGGAUGUUGAGUUGUGUUGGGGUUUGUUGGGUGUACAAUAUACAGUAUGACCAUUGAGCAUUGUUGAGUUUGUAUAUUUCAUUUCACAUUUAAAAUUCUACAUACAGUAGGUUGUUGCGAGAGCUCUCAAAGCUGGCGAUGUUGGGUUUUGUUAGACUAACAGAAACCCUAAAACAAAUUCAAUGAAACAUACUUUUGGUUACGCUGCUGCUAAAGUUUGGAAUGAGAGAAAUAAAAAUUCUUGAAUUAUCUUUUAUCUUAUUUGGGUGGGGUUUGAGUGUGAAUAUUUUACUGUUAUUAUGAUGGGGAGGGUGGAUGGGAGUUUCUUAUACUGUUUGUAACUAUACAGCCUAAUGAAAAGCAACGAAAACCUUAAAUAUUUUAUAGUUGAUUAGCUACCGUGUAUAAAGAUGUUUUAAUAAUAAUAACAGUGUACCUCUAUCAUCAUAUGAUUCAUAUGCAUCAUUUGACCAAAUAAUAUUUGAAUUGUUAAUUAGACCAACCUUAAGUAAUUAAAAAUUGUGAAUUUAUAGUGCUUAUUCAAACCCUGUAGCACAUUACUAUCCAGUUGGUACAUAUCUGAAUUGUUAAUGCAUGAAACAUUUUUUAGAUGGUGAAGCAUUUAUACCCAACUUUGUCACCCUGGAAAGUCAGGACAAGAGAGAAAAUCUUAAAGCACUGCAUCUCGCAAAUAUCAAGUUUCCGUUCAGUAAGUAUAAUAUAGUAUUAACUGUAACACUACACUGCAGCCUUCUAGCCCAAUGCAUUUUAACUGUUUGCAUUCCUACCUUUAAUGAACCCAUUGAGUGGCAGCACUCUCUCCUUGACAAGUAAAAUCAUCUGGAAUUAGAAGUCGGAAUAAAAUAAUAAAGUAAUGCUAAUCAGGGUGCAUUGUCAUUUAAACGUUAUUGCCUCUGCACUGUCUUAAAACCUACAUAAUGUCAUUAAUGUGUUUUUUUUUAAUUUGGCAACUUAUUAUACAAAGCUUACAAUCAGUACAAUAAAUAUGGUACAAUAGUUAUAAAGAUUAUGUACUGUAGAAAAAUAACAGUUAAAAGCUGUUUUCCCAUUAUCCGUCACACAUGGAAGAGCUAGUUAAAUCCUACUAUUCUUUUUUAUUUCAGUAUGCAAGACGAAUCUUGCACAUGGUUCUGAUGAAUCACACGAGGUAACGUCAAAUAAUGAUCUAAUUUCAUCUAAAUUUUGUGUAUAAUCACCAAAAAAUGAAUGAAAAUUGAUUAACCAAAUUGUGUUUUCUACCAGAUGAGUAUUAUUUUCAAUGAAGAAGGGCUACAAGAUAUCAAUCCACCAUGCGUCUGUCAAGAAUUUGUCAAUCAUAAUGCCAUUUUGUAUAAGGUGAAUAUUUUUAACGUUCUUCACGUGUUGGAUUGUGUUUUUUGGUUUAGUUUUGUUCUGCUUAUUAUCUAUCACAAAUUAUCUCAGGCAGUCAGUAAAAGAAAUGGAAUCUAAGAUCCAGAUUUACAGACUGAGUAUAUCUGCAGGUCUCUGCAUGAUUGCGACCAUCUGUAAUGAUCCAUUCUAAAAGUAACCAACCAUGCAAUAACAUCAGAAGUGGUUAUUGAUCACUGUCUCGAAUCCAGAACUGUAAAUUAUGUCCACGCUUUUUGAAAUUGAAUUGGUUUUCAGGAAAGAAUCGUCUGAUACAGUACUCAGGGCUCGACCGGGGCCCCGGCCAAAAUUGGCACCCCGGCCAAAAUUCUGUUCAUUUCGUGUUCAUCGACUGUGCAAACAAUCAAUCUCUAAAGAAAUGAAUAACGAUAAUAAUAAUAAUAAUAAUGAUAUAAUUGUGCGUUUAGCAUGGCAUACAUGUAAGUUAUACAACACGUGUAAAUUAAGAAUUAGAAAGUGAGAAUUUUAUGCUGACACGUGUAUAUUUUAUUAUGUUUGUGUCCUAGGUUUUUGUCAUUGGGAACAAACAUUACAUUAGUGAAAGGCCAUCAAUCAAAAAUCUUCAACCUGGAGGUAUAUAUUUAUAGUACAUUGAAAAAAUUAAUUAAUAUAUUAUGUAUAUAUCAAUUAAAAUACAACUAGGCCAAAAAAAAAUAUGUGGGUUUCCGGUUUCCCGACCCUACCUAGCUUUUGGACGUCGAAAUCCCGACCCUAAACUUUUUUAUUGGAUCAUGCUUGUAAGUGUUUCCACUUAGAGGAAAAAGUUUGUGGAAAAUUGAAUUUUGAGGCAAUAUUAGGGAAAUUUAUCUUUGGAUGUGGAAUCACUGACUAAACAAAAUGGCGUCCGCUUGUUCGGAAAAUUAAAACAAAAGUUUAAAAAAAAAAGUUAAAACCGACCUACCCUACCUAGUUUUUAUAAGAAGAAACCGGAAACCCACAUAUUUUUUUUUUUGCCCUACUGUAGUGUAAAGAAAUCAGCACCUGCGACGUGUAGUGUUGCGUCAACCCCUCCCCCCAAUGAAAAGUCCGCUAUAUUUAAUAGGGUCCUAAAUUUAGGAAUUAAUCUUUUAAAAUUGGACAGUAUCGGCUAGCACGUGCUCAUGUUGAUUACCUGCACCCAGCACUCGGAUUUAAAAUUUCUAUUUAGAUUUUGAAACAAUAUUCUUCCACAGUCAUGACGUGUCGAAACCAGACUCCUCAUCUUUCCUUAAUCAGGUAACAAAGUCAACUUCUGGCGGGUUUUAAAAAAACAACCAGAAAACAGCGUUUUGUACAUAGUUUUUAAUUUUUGUCUUAUAUAGUUAGAAAAGCCCAUUUUCAAACCGUCGUCACCAGAUGAAAAAAUCGUUAAAAAACUUGUAGAUAUACUUAAAAGACGAAUGGUGAGUUAUCAAUGACUUUGAUUAUAGCUUUUCUCCAAAAUUUGUAAUGUUUUUUUGGGUUGUUUAUAAUCUACAUGGUAUAUGUAUGAGGUCAUUCGGGUCGCAUGGUGCAUGAAUCCUGUCUUUUUAUUUUUAUAAUUCAUUUGAUAUUUGAAUAUUUAUAAUUUUGCCUGUGAUAUAUGUUUUGCAACCAGCUUGAUGUGAAUGUAUAACCAGCAGUCACGUUUCUAGACUUUAUACUGUAGUAUAGCCCAGAUCCUUGGCAAGAUCCCAGCAAGAUCAUGCCAAGAUCUUAUCCAAGAUCUUAUCCAAGAUCUUAUCCAAGAUCUUAGCAAGAUCAUGCCAAGAUCUUACAUAAAUCCUGCAAGAUCAUGGAAAGAUUAUAGUAGGAUCUUGGCAAGAUUUUGAUAAGAUAUUGGGAAGAUCGUGGUGAAAUCUUGCCAAGAUUGUCCAAGAUCAUGGCAAGAUUAUGAUAGAAUCUUGCCAUGAUUGUGAUAAGAUCUUGGCAAGAUCAUGCUGGGAUCUUGGCAAGAUCAUGGUGGAAUCUUGACAAGAUCUUCCAAGAUCAUGGCAAGAUUAUGGUAGGAUCUUGGCAAGAUUUUGAUAGGAUAUUGGAAAGAUCAUGGUGAAAUCUUGCCAAGAUUGUCCAUGAUCAUGACAAGAUUAUGAUAUAAUCUUGCCAAGAUUGUGAUAAGAUCUUGGCAAGAUCAUGCUGGAAUCUUGGCAAGAUCAUGGUGGAAUCUUGACAAGAUCUUUCAAGAUCAUGACAAGAUUAUGGUAGGAUCUUGGCAAGAUUUUGAUAAGAUAUUGGGAAGAUCGUGGUGAAAUCUUGCCAAGAUUGUCCAAGAUCAUGGCAAGAUUAUGAUAGAAUCUUGCCAUGAUUGUGAUAAGAUCUUGGCAAGAUCAUGCUAGGAUCUUGGCAAGAUCAUGGUGGAAUCUUGACAAGAUCUUCCAAGAUCAUGGCAAGAUUAUGGUAGGAUCUUGGCAAGAUUUUGAUAGGAUAUUGGAAAGAUCAUGGUGAAAUAUUGCCAAGAUUGUCCAUGAUCAUGGCAAGAUUAUGAUAUAAUCUUGCCAAGAUUGUGAUAAGAUCAUGGCAAGAUCAUGCUGGGAUCUUGGCAAGAUCAUGGUGGAAUCUUGACAAGAUCUUCCAAGAUCAUGGCAAGAUUAUGGUAGGAUCUUGGCAAGAUUUUGAUAAGAUAUUGGGAAGAUCGUGGUGAAAUCUUGCCAAGAUUGUCCAAGAUCAUGGCAAGAUUAUGAUAGAAUCUUGCCAUGAUUGUGAUAAGAUCUUGGCAAGAUCAUGCUAGGAUCUUGGCAAGAUCAUGGUGGAAUCUUGACAAGAUCUUCCAAGAUCAUGGCAAGAUUAUGGUAGGAUCUUGGCAAGAUUUUGAUAGGAUAUUGGAAAGAUCAUGGUGAAAUCUUGCCAAGAUUGUCCAUGAUCAUGGCAAGAUUAUGAUAUAAUCUUGCCAAGAUUGUGAUAAGAUCAUGGAAAGAUCAUGCUGGGAUCUUGGCAAGAUCAUGGUGGAAUCUUGACAAGAUCUUCCAAGAUCAUGGCAAGAUUAUGGUAGGAUCUUGGCAAGAUUCUGAUAAGAUAUUGGGAAGGUCAUGGUGAAAUCUUGCCAAGAUUGUCCAAGAUCGUGGCAAGAUUAUGAUAGAAUCUUGCCAAGAUUGUGAUAAGAUCUUGGCAAGAUCAUGCUGGAAUCUUGGCAAGAUCAUGGUGGAAUCUUGACAAGAUCUUUCAAGAUCAUGGCAAGAUUAUGGUAGGAUCUUGGCAAGAUUUUGAUAAGAUAUUGGGAAGAUCGUGGUGAAAUCUUGCCAAGAUUGUCCAAGAUCAUGGCAAGAUUAUGAUAGAAUCUUGGCAAGAUUGCGAUAAGAUCUUGGCAAGGACCAUGGUGGGAUCUUGGCAAGAUCAUGGUGGGAUCUUGACAAGAUCUUCCAAGAUCAUGGCAACAUCAUGAUAGAGUAUUGGCAAUAUUGUGAUAUAUGUGAUUGGUUUGAUCAAGAUUCAUUAUAUCUAUACUUAUGAAGGUCGAAAACUACAACUCAGCAAGAAUUAUGUAUGAAGAAAAAUCAUGAAAGAUCUUGGCAAGAUCUUGACAAGAAUUUCAGACAAUCUUGGCAAGAUUUUGGCAAGUAUGGCAAGAUUGAAUAAUCUUGGCAAGAUAUUGGUAAUAUCUUGGCAAGAUCUUGCCAAGAUUAGUGUCUUGCCAAGAUCAUGCAAGAUCUUACAUGAUCUUGCCAAGAUCUUCAACCUGGGAGUCCUUUCUUUGAAGCCAGUUCGAUUUUUAUCUGUAGAUUCAUUUAUAUGCAUUGGUGCAUGGCUAUUUUGCCACAGUUCCAGAGCAUUCAGUCUUUGUUAAAAAAACUUGUCAAGUCGUCUGGUUCGAAGAUUAUGUAAAUGAAUCAAAAUUUUACGUUCAACUUUUACGUUUUAGCGCCUAACCUUAUUCGGCGUCGACGUCAUAGUUGAAAGAAAAUCCAGACGAAUAGGAGUUAUUGAUAUCAACUAUUUUCCAGGUACAUUAGUUGCUUCUUUGAUGCCAUGUUGUUUAGUGUUGCUGAGCAUACUGUACUGUAAGGUUUAAUCAGUCUAUCUGCAUACAAUAUAAUGUGUCUGUUAACCCUGUUAGUCGUACUCGUGUGUUGCGCCCUACUUUGUUAUUUUACUCUAACGCCAGAGUCCAGACUUUGCUUGUCAAGGGGGAGAGUGCUGACACUUAAUGGGUUAAUAUGGGCAGAAACAUCGGUUAAUUCAUGGCAAUGUUCCAAAUAGAUAGCUCAUGCAAUGAUAGAAAAAGUCCAUGGGAGUCUAGACUGUUUGAAAAAUAUCGCUUCUCAAAAAAAUAUUUAGCACGGUUAUACUAUUUUAUCCCCUAGGUCCUACUUACUUUGCCUUCCCAUGACAGCCCUGUUUUUAGCAUUACUUCCCAGGUACCGUUUGCAAGUGUAUAUGAUGUGGGAUGUAAAUGGAAUGCGCGUUUUAUGAUUUUGAACUCAUGGAUAAUCUGAACCUUUUACUUACAUUUGGAAGUAUGCUACAAUAGCAAUGUACAAUGUGUCAAUGUACCAGUGUAUAUAGUGAGAUAUGACCGCUUAAAACGUAUCCCUAUAAGUACUGAACCAAUUCCAUGUACAACCUGCACAUUGUCAUUGAUUAUAUGUAUUCAGUUUAGAAUAUGCACUUACUAUAUUGUAUUUUCUUUGUAUUUAGGUUACGAAGGGGUUGACAGUGCAAUUGAGGAUUUGUUUCAACAUACCGUUCAAAUUCUAGAAAAUAGUAAAAAGUAACAUUGAACUUUACCGAACCCAAGGAUGUAUAUGACUGUUAAUUUAUGAGAAAUUAUUAUCAUCAUACGCAUUUUUAGUCAUUUGAAGUAAAAAUUAAGUUUCUUAUUUAGCAAAGAACUGGGAGCGGUCCUCGCAGAUGUACCGAACAAAUUCAGAGCAGCGUAACUUGCUUUACAAUAACUUAAGUUUAGAGCAAGUUUAUGUCAGGAUUGGAAUUAGAGGAUUGGAAUUAUAGGAUUGGCAUUGGAUUUAUGGAUUAAAACUUAAGUUUUAAAAGUGAUGUUAUGGUUUUCAAAAUUAUCCUAAUUCAGUGUGCAGUUCAGCCAUAGUUGUAAAAUAUUUAAAGAAUUAUAUAGUCAUUGAAAAUAGUGUUGGACACAAGGAAGGGUGGGAACCGCUCUCUCGCCACUAAGUUUUUGAAGCCUUUGAAUGGAGGCUGAUAUGAUUAACUGUGCAACAAAGCUGUAUAGCUGUUGCAAUGAUUUUAUAUACACGAAAGCCUAAUUGAUAGGCUAUAUUAUUGAAGCAAACUGCACGAACUUGAGGCCAAAAAAGUUUUAGAAACUGACAGAGAUUUGCUGUAAAAAAGGGUGGUUUGAAUUAGCACCCCAAAAAUAUUGCAUCCGCCACUGACGCAGAAAUAAAAUAACAUUGAAAGAUGUGAGAUGUCUAUAGUAUUAGAUGGUACACCAUAUCUUACUUCUCUGAUAAAAACAUAAUUUUUACUUCAAACAUUCUGUCAGGUUAGCAAUUGAUCAGUCAGAUUAGACAAGUACAAUGGACUAGAGAUUAGUAGAAUUAUUUAGAGUGAUAGCUUAAUUAAUUUAAAAAAUUGAGAGCAUUAAUUCAGAUAGUGUUACACAUGCACAUAAUCUUCAUCUACAUGUAUAAUUAGUUUUACUCAUUUUAUUGACUAUUUGAUUUUGCAUUGCAUUCGACAAACAUUUUAGCAAAUAUUUACAAAUUAAAGUACAAUGCAAAGCAGAUUUCUGAGGUGUUUUAUCAUUCAGGCCCUUUGUAUGUAUAAUAGAUAAAACUUUGAG